ACCCUCCCUCCCUCCCUCCCGCGGCCCGAGAAGGCCAACUCCGCCUGCCUGAGUCACGGCUGGGGCUGGGGAGGAGCCGGGGGAAAGGCGGCCUCAGCCCAGAGCGCAGCCGGCUGCAGCAGGGAGAGCAGGCCGGGUGGUCGGGGAUCAUGGGGGAGAGCGCACUGGAGCCGGGGCCUGCGCCCGGAGCGCCGGUUGGGGGCCCCGUGCACGCCGUGACCGUAGUGACCUUGCUGGAGAAGCUGGCCACCAUGCUGGAGGGGCUGCGGGAGCGGCAAGGGGGCCUGGCGCAGAGGCAAGGCAGCCUGGCCGGCUCGGUGAGCCGCAUCCAGAGCGGCCUGGGUGCGUUGAGUCGCAGCCACGACACCACGAGCAACACGCUAGCGCAGCUUCUGGCCAAGGCGGAGCGCGUGGGCUCGCACGCGGAUGCCGCCCAGGAGCGUGCCGUGCGCCGCGCUGCCCAGGUGCAGCGGCUGGAGGCUAACCACGGGCUGUUGGUGGCGCGCGGGAAGCUCCACGUCCUGCUCUUCAAGGAGGAGGCUGAAAUCCCGGCCAGAGCCUUCCAGAAGGCACCGGAGCCCUUAGGCCCGGCGGACCAAUCCGAGCCUAUUCCAGAGCAGCUGGAGGCCGAAGUUGGAGAGAGCUCAGAUGAGGAACCGGUGGAGUCCAAGGCGCGGCGGCUGCGGCGCACUGGGUUGGAGAAAGUACAGAGCCUGCGAAGGGCCCUUUCGGGCCGCAAAGGCCCGGCAGCGCCAUUGCCCACGCCUGUCAAGCCACCUCGCUUAGGGCCUAUCCGGAGUGCUAAUGGCCAGCCAGAAGAAGCCCGGCCUGCGGUGGAGUCCAAGCUGGAGCCAGAACCUCCACCAGCCACCGAGGAAGAUUCUGGAAAACCUGGGGCUGCCGACUUGGCUGUGCUCCAAAUAGAGAGUGCGGCCUGAUGGCUGGCGCUGCUUGCCUUCCCGCGCCUAUGCCUUGUCCCAAAAUAAAUCUUCCUCUCAGAAUGCAGCAUUCACUCCCAAAUAAGGAGUGAAUCCUGCAUCCACAGCUCAGCUCUGGCCCUCCUUUCCGGCUUUUUCAGCCUAGCGCCCUGUGUCCUAGGAGCAGCCACUUAACACCUGCUUGCACUCACCAUCAAUAAAAGUAGUGUCUCCUAAUCCAGACUCCCUGUGAAGGGGGGUGGAGGGGGGAUGGGGGAAGGCAGUGCAAGGAAUAAGACAAAUGUUGGAACCAGGAAUGUGGCUUCAAUUUCAAACAUUGUAUGAUUUCUCCCAUUUCGAUUGAAUCCUGGGCUCCAGUCCAGUGGCACCUAGAAAUAUCCUGCUGGCUGGCUGCCUGCUCCCUAAGUGCUUUCCUCACAGGGAAGCGUCCAGUACAGUCCCUUGCUGUAGGUACUCAAUAAAUGUCAGCUAGUGGUUUUCCUCUUCCACACGUCUUACUCUACCACUUCCUAAAAGCUGAAUUUUCCAUGAUUCUGUUCUCAGCCCUCUUCUCAUUCUGGGAACUCCUCUGUUAACAUUCACUCCCAGGCCUCUUCUACCAGCCACAUGUACCCCAGACCACUGUCUUGAGCUGCAGUUGAAAAGUACUGCAAACUCAAUGUGUCCAAAGAAAAUAAAUAAUCUAUCUUCUACUUUUUUUAUUAAGUUCAAUUUCAAUUCUACAGCUAUUUAUUGAACACUUACUGUGUAACAUUCAAAAUUGCUCCUCUUUUGUUUUCUUUACCAAUGAAUGGCACCAUCAUCCACACAGAACGCUGGCAGUCCUUGAGAUUCCUUCACACUACUGCUCUGCAUGGAAACAGUUAUCUUGUUGCUUUGACCUCUGCGAUCUGUCCGCUUUCCUUAAUGCCCAUGGCCACUGUUCUAUUUCAGGCCUUAUCUUUCACCUGAUAUUCACAGUAUUGGAACUGCCAAUCUGAUCCCAUCACUCUCCUGAUUCAGACCUUGGCCCCCCAUCACCUUAAAAUAAAGUCCAAGCUCUUUAACAUUACUUUCAACAGCUAUUGUAACCUCCGAGAUCCUUUAUGAUCUGGUCCCUGCCCAGUUUUGUAGCCUCACCUCUUGUCCUCCAUUCCCUUCAUUCUAUUAAGUUGCACUGAGCUAUGUGCUCUCACUCUCAUCUCUACUGUUGUGCAAAACUCAGCAAGUUACCCCUGUUUCAGGGCCAAAUGCUUCUCUUUGUUGCUUCCAAAGCACCACCUGCACACCUCAGUGCUAACUGCACUCAUUGUGAUGAUUUACAAUUGACUCUCCUUGUUCCCACUCCACUAGACUGUGGAUCCUUUGCAGUACAACCAUUUUAUUCAUUUGUAUAUUUUCCAAACCAAAUACUAUGCCUGGCACACAGUAGGGCCUCACUAGGCCUUGUGAAUACCAAGUCUCUCCUGGGGCCUUCAAGGACCUCAAAGUUUAGGGAAAUACAAACAUAAUUAUGAUGAAGGAUGUAGGUGUAGUGAUAGUUAGAUGUAGGUUAUUUUGAGAGGAAAGAGGGAAGAACACAACCUAACCUGAAGGAGGAAAAGGCAAAUAAUGAGAUGGAAAACAGGAAUGGGCAGGAGAGCUCAGUGGUUAAUAGUGUUAGUUCUCCGUUCCCUCAUCUAUAAAACAGGAUAAUGAAAACCCUAUUGGGCUUAUGUGAGGAUUAAAUGAUGUAAGGGCCUAGCACAGUGCUUGGAACAUAGUUUAUUCAGCUAUGUAAUUUGUCCACACUCAUUCCGCAAAUAUUUACUUAACUUCGAGUGUCUGCCUGGCAUUAUUUUAAGAGCUGGGUAUACAAUGACACAUAAGAAAGACAAGAGCUCUGCCUUCAUGGAGUUAAAGUCUAGUAGAGGGAGAUAGGCAAUAAGUAAGUAAACUUAUAAGCCAGAUAAAAACAAGUAAAUAUGAACUAGAAAGGUCGUCUGGUUAUGGGCUCUGAAGAAAACAGGAAGGGUACAGAUAAUGGCUGGGAAGGGAGAGGACUUUGAGAUGAAGAUAUUGGGAAUUUAAAAUGGGACCAGAGUUCAAUAAUGACUUAAUUUUUUUUCAUGGAUUCAAUUUUGAAGAGUCCCAGCCUCCACCUGCCACAAUUGUGGGAAGUGUAUUAUUAGUCACUUUAGAGCUCCUCCUCAUCCUUAGACUGAGUACUUAAAAGAGGGUUCCACCUUCUCCAGCUUUGGAUGUCCCUGCUGUUAUUGCUCCUUAUGACCACACGAUGACACUGUUGGGGCACCAGUGUCCGGGCUGAUGCCUCAUCUGACAACCCCGGGGUCUGCCCGCCCAGUUCUGUGCUCUGAAUCAGAGAUUCUUCCAUGCAGGGCAGCUCUGCAGUCGCUCCAUUCCCUCUGGAGAAAUCAGCUCUCUUCCUGCAGGUUUCCAAGGCUUAGUGUUCAGACUGUAUCGGCUGCCCAGCCGCCACUCCGUCAUGGAGGGCUGAUCUGAGCAGGCUCAGUUUUCUAUCCCCAGGGAAAAAUAAAUUCUCGAUUUUUUUCCAAAUCCUUAGAAAUCCAGCCAAUUACUCCCUUUCAACAAACAUACAAAAUUAAGAGCCCAGCUACACAUUUCUCAUGUAAAAUGUCUUGAGAGCUCAUUGGGAGGCACAUGAAGGCUCAGGGAGUCUGGACCCUGACCCCUAGGAACCUAAAGGCUUGGCUAACUUUGAUGAAAGGAUGCUACUUUCUAUUCCUUCCUGAUACUUCUUCAGCAGCAAAUAAUAAAAACCACUGUAAAAUAAAAGUAA